AUGAUUCUCUACCUGUCAGCUAUCGUUAGUUACCUCGGUAUUUUUGCGAGCAGUACCUUUAUGGGAUGGAGUUCCCCGGUAUUACCACUUUAUGACAGAGAAGAUGCACCUUUUCAUCUAUCGGGUAGCGAAGGUGCUUGGGUUGCAUCAGUCAAUCUUCUUGGAGCAGCUGUUGGUCCACCAGUUUGUCUCCUGUUUGCUCAUUCCGUUGGAAGAAAAACUCUCCUAAUUUUCAGUGUUCUCCCCUAUGUCAUAGGAUGCAUCGCCAUUGCAUUUGCAACAUCCGUUUAUUACCUGUAUUUUGCGAGAUUCAUCAGUGGAAUGGGUACAGGAACAUCAAUUUGCGUGAUGCCGAUGUAUCUGGGGGAAAUAUCACCACCUCACCGUCGAGGCUCGCUCCUGGCAUUCAUAAUAAUGUCAUCAAGAUUGGGAAUUCUAUUCGCCUACGCAGUGUAUCCCUUCGUAUCAAUAGCCGUUGGUGCAGAGGUGUCGAUGAUUCUGCCUCUGAUAUUCGUGGUGUCCUUCGUAUUUUUACCAGAGUCCCCAUAUCACUGGAUGCGAAAGGGAAAGAGAGAUGCCGCUGCCAAAUCCCUGAUACGAUUACGAGGUACUAAAGACAUUCAGGAGGAAUUGGAUAGGAUCGAGACAUCGGUUAAAGCUGAAAUGGCAAACAGCGGUGGAUUUGGUGAGCUUUUGAUGGUACCGAGCAAUCGUACUUCUUUAUUCGUCAGUGUUAUCCUGGGGAUGAUUCAACAGUUGUCUGGGAGUCAAGCCAUAAUGCUGUAUGCACAGAAAAUAUUCGAUGCUGCGAAUUUUGCGAUUGAGGGAAAGUACAUGGCGAUUAUUGUGGGUGUUGUACAGCUGAUAUUCACUGGUCUCUGUGGUUUUAUGGUCGAUCAUUAUGGGCGUCGUCCACUGCUUCUGUCCUCGACAAUUGGAUCCCUCAUAUCGACCGUUAUUAUUGCUGCUUACUUUCAUCUCAAGCACUUGGCUAUCGAUACUUCUCACAUCGAGUGGCUACCAGCAGCUGGAUGUCUAUUGUACGUUGUAUUUUAUUCUCUCGGUCUCGCACCACUUCCCACAGCAAUGACUGGCGAGCUUUUCCCAACCAAUACUAAAUCCAUCGGUUGUGCAACCGCUGUUUUCUGCACGUACAUCGUUGGAUUUGGGGUUGGCAAAGUUUAUCAGAUUAUUUGUGAUUCGGUGGGAACACACGUUGGAUUUUGGAUAUUCGCUGGGUGCAAUGUCGCUGGUAUUAUUUAUAUUUAUUUCUUCGUACCGGAAACCAAGGGAAAGACUCUUCAGGAGAUCCAGGAGGAUUUGAAUCGCAGACAGAGUAUUGUCUCGAUUAAAAAUGAUACGUGGGCUGCUGGUUGA